ACGUGACCCUCAAUGGGCGGGGCUAACAUGAACCCGAACGGCAUUUAGGCUUACCAACUACAAGACGGUUGUUUGAAACUUUUACGCCAACAAUUUGACUUAAUAAUGCCAUGCCGCCGAACAAUUUGACUUAAUAAUGCCGCCGCGGCGGAAACAGCGGCCGUCGUCCACCUGUAGCACGUAACCAAACUUCCUCCAUGGGGGCGAAGAAGCGGCAAGUAACGGUACGCUGUCGUUAGCAAACAAAGGUGUUAGCCGGCUAACUCGGGUGAAGUCGGACUAACUCGGGCGAAGUCGGGCAAAGUCGCAAUGGAGCGCGGGGCUUUUUCCAAAUACUCCUGGAUCGACUUCGCCUUCUCCGUGGUCGGGGUGUGUACUUUCCUGCUGGACUGGGGCUCCGACCUGUGGGUGGCCGCGGAGUUUUACUGCCACGGAGACUUCUUGUGGUUCGGGGCGCUGGUCGCCCUCAUGGUGCUGUCGUCCUGCGUGGUCCAAAUGUUCAGCUGGUUCUGGUUGAAGUACGACCGACAACUGCCGGGGUUCCGGAGUGACACCGGAGCGGAAGCGGUGCUGUUUGUGGACAAAGUGAAGCUCUCCUGCCUGUUACAUGUGCUGCAGCUGGGCUUCCUGUGCAGGCACAUCUCGGCCAUCAGGCAAGGCUUCCGGGUGUGGUGGCGCAAAGAGGAAGGCUCGGAGUACGCCGUCUACCUGACCCACGACCUCAGCAUGCUGCGCCUGAUCGAGACCUUCUGCGAGAGCGCUCCGCAGCUGAUGCUGAUGAUCUACGUGGUGCUGCGCAACAACAAGGCCAGGACCGUCCAGUUCGUGAGCAUCGCGGCGUCGACCACGUCCAUGGCCUGGAUGGUGGUGGACUACCACCGCUCCCUGCGCUCCUUCCUGCCGGACAAGGCCAAGCAGGGCUGGGGCUCCUCCCUGGUCUACUUCCUGUGGAACCUCCUCCUCAUUUCCCCGCGCGUGGCCGCCCUCGCCCUCUUCGCCUCCGUCCUGCCGGCCGGCUGCGCCGCCGCCCACUUCCUGCUCGUCUGGUCCGGCUUCGUCCUCUGGGUCUGGCGGCAGGGGACGGACUUCAUGGACAGCGCCGGCGGCGAGUGGCUGUACCGGGCCACGGUGGGGCUGGUCUGGUACUUCAGCUGGUUCAACGUGGCCGAGGGUCGGACCCGCGGGAGGAGCGUCAUCUACCACGGCUUCAUGGUGGCGGACGGCGGGAUCCUGCUGGCCACCUGGUGGUGCUACAGGGACCAUGUGACGUCACAGCCCUACGCCCUGGCGCUGCUUCUCACGCUACCUCUCACCUACUGGCUAGGACUGCUCUUUAAGUGCAUCUAUUACUGCUGCUUCCACCCCACGCUCUGGAGGCCCCCCGGCAGGCUGCCCGACGACUUGCCCGACGACUUGCCCGAUGCACAUGUGUCCUUUCGAGACUUUCCCAUCCAGGACGGCACCUUGUCCUCCCAGCUGCUCAACAAGAGGAUGCAACACAACGCCGCACUCUUUUACUCAGUCCGUAGAGACACCAGAUAACUGUUCUUUUAGUCCACCGUUAUUCCUGUUGGUGUUACAUCACUCAGUCCGUAGUGACACCAGAGAACUGUUCUUUUAGUCCACCAUUAUUCCUGUUGGUGUUACAACAUUACGCAGUCCGUAGAGACACCAGAUAACUGUUCUUUUAGGCCACCAUUAAUGUUACAUUACUAAGUCCGUAGAGACAUCAGAUUACUGUUCUUUUGGGCAACCGUUAUUCCUUGCUCAGUCCGUAGAGACACCAGCUAACUGUUCUUUUAGGCAACCAUUUUUCCUGUUGGGGGUGCUGGAGCCUAUCCCAGCUGCAUUCGGGCGGAACCCCAAAAGGGGCAAGCGGUAGAAAAUGGAUGGAUAUUCCUGUUGGUGUUACAACAGUACUCAGUCCGUAGAGCAGGGGUCACCAACGCGGUGCCCGCGGGCACCAGGUAGCCCGUAAGGACCAGAUGAGUAGCCCGCUGGCUUGUUCUUAAAAAUAGCUCAAAUAGCAGCACUCACCAGUGAGCUGCCUCUAUUUUUUUAAUUGUAUUUAUUUACUAGCAAGCUGGUCUCGCUUUGCCCGACAUUUUUAAUUCUAAGAGAGACAAAACUCAAAUAGAAUUUGAAAAUCCAAGAAAAUAUUUUAAAGACUUGGUCUUCACUUGUUUAAAUAAAUUCAUUAAUUUUUUUACUUUGCUUCUUAUAACUUUCAGAAAGACAAUUUUAGAGAAAAAAUACAACCUUAAAAAUGAUUUUAGGAUUUUUAAACACAUAUACCUUUUCACCUUUUAAAUUCCUUCCUCUUCU